AUGCCGAAAUUACCGCGGAACAUUGGGGAUAAUGAUGAAAACGUGAGGAGGGUCAUCUUUUCAGAAGGGGGGGAAAUCGUAAUUCUUUUAAACCUCGAGAAAAAGAAUCGUGGCGUUGAUAAUCCAUCCGAUGUGAUUGAUGAAUAUGAUAUCUAUAAUCGCCGCCCAGAACUACUUCCACGUGAUUCCUGGAUUGGGAAGGAAGACGAGUUGUUCUACUAUGUGAAACCAAAAUUGAAGGAAUCAAGUAUAGAUCGCUCUGUGGAAAAUGGUUAUGGUUGUUGGAAGUCAACUGGAGAAGUGGAAGCAAUAAAACACAAAGAUCUAGUCAUCGGGUAUAAGCAUACAUUUAAUUUUAGGAUUGGGAAAAAUAGAAGAGAAACAAAUUGGAUGAUGGAGGAGUAUAGGCUUGCUUCUCAAAGUUCAUCAAUGGAUCUAAAAAGAUUGGUUGAGGGUGGUAAAUGUACCAAGGCUACUGAAUUUUUUCUAUGUAAGAUUUAUGAGAGAAGUUCUGAGGAAACUUUGACGAGAUCCAAGCGGGCGAAGACCGGUGAGAUGAAUGGCUCAUGGGACAUUAGUGCCUAGGAUUUGUAAGCCUACUUUCUGCGUGGCCAGCUUUCUCACGGUCCAAGCAACCAAGCCGUAUGAUUUGUUGGCCCAUCCUUGGAGUGGGACUUAGCCUAGAAACUAGAUUGAACGGUUGAUCCUAUUUAUCUGACUAUUGGGGUGUGGGACUAGGAGUCCGGAUCCUCUGCCUGUGGCAAGCAGUAAAAUCCUGCUUUAUUGC